GCGCUCUCAGUUCAAAAAAACCAAACCAACUGCGAACAACUCGAAAAAAGUCAACUAAACUAAAAUUUCACCAGCUAAAAAGAAAAUUGCAUAGGAUUGGAACUACAGACAAGACUAUAUUCGAAACAUAGAGGAAAAGCAAUAUAAUUUAAAAAAGCCAAGAAGUAUUUCAAAUUAUACGGAAUUUCAUCAAAAUAAUCGAAUUUGCAUAAGAAGUCUUAAGCGUCUCAAAACCAAGUUAUCUUAUCAACUAUAAUGCGUUCCUUACCGAUGUUUUGGCGCAUGGCCGAGGAGAUGGCCCGGAUGCCACGCCUCUCCUCGCCCUUCCACGCCUUCUUCCACGAGCCGCCCGUUUGGAGUGUGGCGCUACCGAGGAACUGGCAGCAGAUUGCCCGCUGGCAGGAGCAGGAGUUCGCUCCGCCGGCCACCGUCAACAAGGAUGGCUACAAGCUCACCCUGGACGUCAAGGACUACAGCGAGCUGAAGGUCAAGGUGCUGGACGAGAGCGUUGUCCUGGUGGAGGGCAAAUCGGAGCAGCAGGAGGCCGAACAAGGUGGCUAUAGCUCCAGGCACUUCCUUCGCCGCUUCGUCCUGCCGGAAGGAUACGAGGCGGACAAGGUGACCUCGACGCUGAGCAGCGACGGCGUCCUGACCAUCAGUGUGCCCAAUCCUCCAGGCGUGCAGGAGACACUCAAGGAGCGUGAGGUGGCCAUCGAGCAGACUGGCGAGCCGGCAAAGAAGUCCGCCGAGGAGCCAAAUAAAAAAGCCAGUCAGUAGAAAUAAGUCGAGAUUAUACCAAAACCGAUCAAAUGCUAGUGAAUCGCUAUGUUUAGAUAUUCCGAUACCUAUCAAAUUUAAGUUCUUGUUAAAUUAACAAGUUAAUUUUAAAAAACAAUUGUGAUUCGGUUGCCCGCAAGCCCAAUAUUUUUAUGUAGAAGAAAAUAAAUAAUUGAAAACACUAU